UCAGGUCUGAGUAUGGAUAAUAGAAUGACUAGAACUUUGGAAACAAGUACACUGGUAGUUUUUAAUUUUCAUUUGUUCAUGUAUGAAAGACUGUGUCACGAUCUCCCUAUGAUGUUAUGUACACCAGCAAAGGGUAAAAUGGGUAGGGGUGGAGGUUGUGAAAAGUACCUAAAAGAUCAAGUGCUGGACCCCCCCCCCCCCCUCCCUCCUUUCACUAAUUCCUGGAUCCGCCUAUGCAUAUAGUGCAUUUACUACUAUGUGUCACAAGUGGCCUUCUUUAAAUCUUACAACAAGUAGAAAAUAAUUAUGCAAAACGACUUAUGAAGUUAAUUGGCAGGGAAAUCACACGUUUGGAUGACUUACUGCUUCUAUGUUAUUUUUUUCAUUGGGUAGGGGGUGUACAUAAGGUUUAUACAUGCUAUCCACACGUCAGGUGCCAGUGCAUGGGUAGACCUUCUUUGCUCAUCACCGUAUAAGAAAUAACAUUUAAACUUUAUACAAAUAAUUCUCAGAGCCAUAAUUUUAUAGUCCACUCAAUCAUAAAUACCCGGUAGUGAAAUCCAAUCCGUUGCACAAACAAAUGCAUCGACGACGAUAGGAUUUUUCUGUUUUGUGACACCCAAGUGUUUCCUUUAAAUGUUUUAUUUCUUUAUUUUCCUUUAAAACACUCUUUACUAUGGGCAUGACAAUGCAUUACUUAAUUCAUUUGAGGUGAUAACAACCUGGAUACAGCCAUAUCUUAUCUGACUUCGAUAGUAACGACCGAACGUUCUACAUGCACUGUAAGUGAACGACUACUGGACGCAUCUAGAUUCGCAACUACACUGUACCAAGAAGAAGUGCUGAAAAUGGGAACUGCAACCGUCAUGAUGUGUUUUACAUUGAAAAAGGAGACAUUUGACUCGGAAGAGGCCCAUGCGCUGUAUCAUACCAUACCGGGCAUUUGUUUCCAUGGCAAUGCGGAAUUACAAACGGUGUGUGACUGUGGGGAGAAAGGAGACAAGAUGAUCACGGCGACAUCAGAUGAUGGGAGCCACAUUGUGAUUCAUCUUUAUCAUUUCGCUUACCUCACGGUGGACAUUACAUUUGUAGUGGACGAUGCAAAAUAUUUGAAGCCGCUGUCUGAGCCAUACCACUUAGAGUUCAUAAAAGAACUAGAAAGGUCGGUGUCUGAACAUCUCAAUGAUUUCGUUGAGGACUGUAAAAGUUUAUGCUGUCCAAUCAGAAGAGCCCCUGGUAUCACGUGGACAUAUGGCUACACCGGUGACGAACGCCUACUUGAGACUGACUACGAGGAAAUACUGUACGAGACACAGAGCAAAUGGCAGAAUAUCAAAAUCGCCAGAUCAAGAGAGUUCGGCAAUGUUCUUCUGCUCGAUGAUGAUAUAAUGCUUGGUGAGAGUGAUUUGAUUUACACAGAAACACUAUUAGGAAUCGGAAAGAACGACUUUAAAAAUAAACACAUACUUAUCCUUGGAGGUGGAGACGGGGGCGUUUUACACGAGUUGUUAAAACAGUCACCGGCUAAUAUCCUCAUGGCGGAAAUAGACGAAGAGGUGGUUAUAGCCUGUGAUAAGUACUUAAAGAAAGUAUGUGGUGAUACUAUGAAGAAGAGGGAGGGGACGAAUUAUAAGAUAAAGAUUUGUGAUUGUGUGCAAGAACUUAAAGACACACUAGAAUCCGGAAGAAAAUAUGAUUACAUCAUCAACGAUUUGACGGAAUUUUCUGUCGACAAAAAUCAGUACGGGUUUUCAUACCAGUUUGAAACAAGUUGUGUGAUUCUAGAACUCUCGAUGAAAGUUUUGCAACCUGGAGGAAAAUAUCUAGCAAGAGGCAAUUGUUUGAGCGCCCGUAAUUACAUUAAAAGGUUUGAGAAGGAUGUGCGGGCUCUUGGUCUCGAGUUCACAAGAACAGAUCUCCAUGUUCCGUCAUUCAAAGAGACAUAUUGCUUGUAUGAAGUACGAAACCAGAUUAACACAGAUGGAUGAUAAGGAAGCAGAUUCAAGUGACGGUCCAAAUUAGUGAUAAUACUCAUAAUUAUAUACUUCUAAUGAUUUGGGGAAAAAAUCAUUUGUGUGCAUUUGCGGUGUAAAUGGGAAUAUAGAUUGUUAAUUAGAAUUAUUAAUUCAUUGUUGUUCAGUAAGCUGUUUGCACCCAUUUCCAUCUUUUGGAACAUAUGACCUGAACACUUAGAUACACAUGUACUAGCUGUAGAUGUGGCAAGUAUGAAUAGUUUUGUCGCAAAUAGAAGUGCAUUAUAUGUAGGUCUGGAGAAAUCCAGAUGUUGUAAUGUUAUAUUCGGAAACAGGAAACAGGUAGAUGCCAUUUGUACCGUGUAUUAUAUACCCCGUACUUUAAAUGACCGGAUAUUGAUUUCCAGUGUUGCAUUCUAGACGUUGCAUGCUUGUCUAUACAAUGGAUCGAGGGCAGAACUGGGAAAACGUGGUCCAGAAAAGAAACAACAUGAGCAAUAUCAUACCAAUAUAUGGAUUUCAUUUUACAAUUUUCUGGAGGACCUAUCCGGUUCUCGAGUUAAACGAAAAGGUUUAUACAACAUCGCAAAAACGUUAGGACUAAAACCACACUGCUACUUUUGUAGAAUUAUUGUAGUUUUAGUGAUAGCGUCAACAUAUAUGAUUUUUGCGACAAUCUGUAUCGCCAUUCCUUGCGAUAAAUUAAAGGUGAGGCUUUCAUAAACCAUAGAAUGCUGUUUGUUUUAAUAAAAGUUAAAUUCGGAAA